CAAGAGGCACCGUGACAGCCUUCUCUCCUUUUGAUGCCAGAGCUGAUGCAGAAGCUCUUCGUAAGGCCAUGAAGGGAAUGGGGACUGAUGAAGAAACUGUGCUGACAAUCCUUACCAGCAGAAACAAUGCUCAGCGUCAAGAAAUUGCAUCUGCCUUUAAAACCUUAUUUGGCAGGGAUCUUGUAGAUGACCUGAAGUCAGAACUUACUGGCAAACUUGAAAAAUUGAUGGUGUCUUUGAUGAGACCAGCGUAUAUUUUUGAUGCUCAUGCACUGAAACAUGCCAUCAAGGGAGUAGGAACCAACGAGAAAGUGCUGACUGAAAUUCUUGCCUCCAGAACACCUGCUGAAGUACAGAAUAUUAAGCAGGUUUAUCUGCAAGAGUAUGAGUCUGACCUGGAGGAUAAGAUCACAGGGGAAACAUCAGGCUAUUUCCAGAGAAUGCUGGUGGUCCUGCUGCAGGCCAACAGAGAUCAUGACAUGGGAGUUGAUGACGCUCUUGUUGAGCAGGAUGCUCAGGUUUUGUUCAGAGCUGGGGAGCUGAAAUGGGGAACAGACGAAGAGAAGUUCAUCACCAUCUUGGGAACACGCAGCGUUUCCCAUUUGAGGAGGGUGUUCGACAAGUACAUGACUAUCUCUGGCUUUCAAAUUGAAGAGACCAUUGACCGGGAAACCUCUGGUGACUUGGAGAAGCUGCUCUUGGCAGUUGUGAAAUGCAUCAGGAGUGUGCCUGCCUAUUUGGCUGAGACUCUAUAUUAUUCCAUGAAGGGAGCUGGCACUGAUGAUGACACCCUGAUCAGAGUCAUGGUCUCAAGAAGUGAAGUUGAUCUGUUGGAUAUUAGACAAGAAUUCAGAAAGAAUUUUGCAAAGUCAUUGUAUCACAUGAUUCAGAAAGAUACAUCUGGGGACUACAGGAAAGCACUGCUGCUCCUCUGUGGUGGAGACGAUGAGUAAUGGUGGUGGUGACACGAAGGAUUGUUGUACUCCAGCUUUGCAGCCCUGUAGUUAGCAUGUCUAGCUCAGUUUUUGUAUCUCAGUGCUUUGUGGCUGUUUGAAUUUAUACUAGUAUUGCACUUAUUAAAAAUGAGCAUAUUGUUAUCCAAGUGAGAGCUGAUCCCCUCCCCUUCCCCACAUCCCAGCUUCCAGGAAUUUCAAGUGCCUUCUGUG